UCUGAAGUAACCCUAAUGGCGAUUUUACCGGAAAACUCUUCGAACUUGGGCCUCACCAUAUACGUUUCCGGUUUUUCUUCCUCGCCUCAUCCAGAAGAAACUGGGGGGAGAGGGAGAGAGCAGUUGAGCCUCGACAUAAACCGACCGCCGUUGUCGGAAGAGGACGACGAACUCAUCGGCCGUGGAAACGACGCCGUCUUACCUCCACGCAAGAAACUCCGUCUCACGAGAGAACAGUCUCGCCUUCUCGAGGACAGCUUCAGACAGAACCACACCCUAAAUCCCAAGCAAAAAGGUGAGCUUGCAAAACAGUUGGUGCUGAGGCCAAGACAAAUUGAGGUUUGGUUUCAGAACCGAAGAGCCAGAUGCAAGUCAAAGCAAACCGAGAUGGAAUGCGAGUAUCUGAAGAGGCGGUUCGGUUCGUUAACCGAACAAAACCGGAGGCUAAAGAGAGAAGUGGAGGAGCUUAGCGCCAUGAAGGUAGCAGUUCCAGCCACGUCAGCAUCGGCCUCCACACUCACCAUGUGUCGUCGCUGUCAUCUCACCACCGCCUCUCCCGUUGCAAACCUUCCGCCUCGAGAAGAGGCUCAUGAGGGGCGUUAAGGAGUCAAAGUCAACGAAGUCAAUGUCUGACCAACUAUAUUAUCCAAAAUGAAUUUUCGUAGUUCCAUAAAUCGAUUAUCUGAUACCAUUCUUGUAUAUACUUUUAUUUGAUGACUAGAAAUGAUUGACUGGGAAUUACUUUUA